CUCACUGAUGACCGCAGAGAUAGUCUCUUGAAGAAUUGUGCCUGAAACUUAACAAAAGAAACUUACGGUGAAGAAACGUUUUAGGAACGUCUCAUCGAAAGAGUAAAGAUAUUGUUCCUAUAAGUUAAGUCUCGUAAGGUGAGGGACAAGGAUAAUCCAGAAAAUGUGCCACACGAGAUCCGAAAACAUUAUAAUAAUAUUGUUUCCCUGUUCGACACUGACAUCCGCAUAGAGGAAAAAGAAGCUGGUAUUGGAGUGUGAUCUUCGUGUGCACAACAGAACCAUUUUGACUUGGAAGCCUUGCCCCAGACAUGGAGGCCUUGACGAGACCGGCAGCGCUAAUCUUCACCCUUCUGGCUGUUUCCGGGGUGAUGUCCGAGGAAGACAACUCGGCGGCGAGCGAUGUCCUGUCAGAACUGGCUGCCCUGAACCAGGCACUGCCCGGCAGUGGAGCUGGUGGGAGUGGAGAGUAUGACGCCGACACGGUGGAGUACAUCGGCCAGCUGUGGGAGGACAUCGAAAACGCCUUCCAGUAUUUGGAACACCACCAUUUAGAGGAUCUCAGACGACUAGCCAUGCAGGAGGUCGGAAAACGGCUUCCCUUAACUCAACACAACUUCGUGCGUUUUGGGAAAAGGACAAUUCCAGGGCAUAGCUUUGUUCGCAUUGGGCGCCAAAGCCCGAGUGAAAAGCAAGAGGAAGGCGAAAAAAAUUACUAUCGUUUCGAGCGCUCAAGCCAAGUAGACAAAGAACCAAACCCGAGUGCAGACAAAAGAUACUAUCAUAGGUUUGUUCGAUUUGGGAGAUCCUCUAGAAGACCUGAAACAGACAACGAAGACAACAAAAUACGUCCUCACCAAUUUGAUCAACGUGAUCGCUCUUUUGCUGACUUCAAGACAGAAAGCAAACCGCAGAAUAGAAACUAUCCCAGUUCUGCAAGGAGGUUUGAACGCUCUCCAGAACAGAGUGACUUUAUAGACGCUCCGGCAGAGCCUUCAGAGUCGAACACAGUGGAAGAAAAGCAAACCUCAAAGCGAAACAGUAACUUGCCGCCUCUCAAUAUUCGCCUCAGCCUGAACAAGAAGAGGUAUGCCACAGCGCGUAUUGGCAGGUUGCCAGCAAUGUUAUUUUACCACAACAGAAGAAAUCAGGGACGGCCAAGACCAAGCACACACAUUCCUUUUAUCCUGAAGGGCACUCCCCCUCGUGCACAGUCUCACCGAAACUCGUACCCCCGAUACGGAUAACGGAUAAACCAGUGAUAAACCGCAUUAUUUCAACCCAGCAUGUCAUUCUAUUUCAUAACAAUACAACACGAUAUUAUCAUUCAUGUG